AUGAAUUUGAGCUUGGUUUUGGGUUUGGGUUUGGGUUUGGGUUUGGGUUUGAGUGUAGUACCAAAACCACCAAACA